AUGCAGAAGGCAUGGCGGGAAAGGAAUCCUCAGGCCCGAAUCAAAGCAGCGUAUCAAGCUUUAGAAUUAAAUAAUGACUGUGCCACAGCAUACAUUCUUCUGGCUGAGGAAGAAGCAACUACUAUUUUAGAAGCUGAAAAAUACUUUAAACAAGCUCUGAGGGCAGGAGAAACAGUUUAUAAAAAGUCUCAGCAUAGCAGUUCACAAAAUCCACACCAUGAGGCACAGCUUAGAAGAGAUACCAAUGUAUUGGUUUAUGUGAAAAGAAGACUAGCUAUGUGUGCAAGAAAGCUUGGAAGAAUUAAAGAAGCAGCAAAAAUGAUGAGGGAUUUAAUGAAAGAAUUUCCUGUGCUAAGUGUAUUGAAUAUCCAUGAAAACCUCCUAGAAACACUUCUGGAGUUACAGGCUUAUGCUGAUGUCCAGGCAGUUCUAGCAAAGUAUGAUGAUAUCAGCCUUCCAAAAUCAGCAGCAAUAUGUUACACAGCAGCACUCUUAAAAGCGAGAGCAGUUUCAGAUAGGUUUUCUCCAGAAACUGCUUCUAGAAGGGGACUUAGCACAGCCGAAAUUAAUGCUGUAGAAGCAAUACAUAGAGCAGUAGAAUUUAACCCUCAUGUACCAAAGUACUUGCUAGAAAUGAAAAGCUUAAUUUUGCCUCCUGAGCACAUUCUGAAGCGUGGGGACAGUGAAGCAGUAGCCUACGCAUUCUUCCAUCUUCAGCACUGGAAACGAAUAGAAGGGGCCCUUAACUUGCUGCACUGCACAUGGGAAGGCACAUUUAGAAUGAUUCCAUAUCCGUUAGAAAAGGGACAUCUAUUUUAUCCCUAUCCCAGUUGCACAGAGACAGCAGACAGAGAGUUAUUACCAACAUUUCAUGAUGUAUCUGUGUAUCCCCAGAAAGAUCUUCCUUUUUUCAUCCAUUUUACAGCAGGGCUAUGUUCUUUCACAGCAAUGUUAGCCCUCCUCACACAUCAGUUUCCUGAACUCAUGGUCAUUUUUGCUAAAGCUUUUUUUGGAACUCUUUUGUCACCUUUGAGCUUCUUGAUGGAGAAGAUUGAACGCCUCAUGCCUUCUGGUCUCUGGCAUCAGCUGACCCAAAUCUGAACACAUCUCAGUUCACAUGAACUUUAACAUCAGCGCCUCUUGAUUACAAAAGCAUUGGCAACUAAGAGUGUGAAGGAAGCCUUACUUAGCUUUGUUUUACAGGCUGUUAAACAUUUUCUGUACUCCUUCUUAAGCCUAAAAUAUUGUAGAUUUAAAAUCCACAAUUCAAUGUCUGGGUGGGUGGGGAGAGGAUUGUUGUACUUAAGGCUACUGCUUUCUCUCUCAGAAAUUCCAGAAAGCAAUAAAUCUGAUAGAUCCUAUGUUGAAAUUUC